AUGAAACCUCAAAAAAGCAUUAUAAAAGAAUUGAAAACUUAUGAACAUAAUCUAUUUAAAUCUAACAAAGAACAUAAGAAAAUUAAUAUAAAUGACUUUCCUAAUCUUUCUAGAAAACCUAUCGAGUGGACUGAUUGUGAUUAAUUUAUAAAACUCAGAUAAUUUAAAUGUGAUAAAAGAUUGGCGAUUAAUUUAUGCCAACAAUACAAAAUUCAUAGAUCAGAUCAACAAUUUUUUGAUACCAUAUAAAAUGUUAAUACUGAAAAUGAAGAGUAUAAGAAAAUUUAAAAUUGUUCUUCAUUUUUAUUGAGGCAAAUUAGAUAAAACCAAUAAAAAAAGAAAAAACUUAGAAUGGAUUACUAAGAAUCCUAAUUUGAUAGCAAAAUGUCAUCUAUUUUAGACCAUUCGUUUUCAAAGUUUUAAAGAUCUUUAGAUAAACACAUAGAAAUUGAAAAUGAUUUUUAGCAUACCUUUAAUUUAAAGCAAUUAACUAAAGAAUAGUUGUUAAGAAAAUUAUAAUCAUUAAAUAAAGGUUUGAAACAAAAUAUAUAGACUGAGAAUAUUCAAUCAAAUGAAUCCCUUCAGAAAAUCAGUUUGCCUGGAACUUUUAUAUCUAUUCAUCCAUCAUUAACAGAUAAAAAAUAUUCUAAAGCAUAGACUCCAACAUCUGGGUUAUAAACUUAAAGAGAUACAAAGAUUAAUUUUAUAAGGACAUUUGUAAAGUGGCAAUUAAAUUCUAAGAGCAACAGAUCACUUUAACAAAUUAAGAAAAUAAAGGAUGAUCAAGGUAAGUUUAAACCUUCGCUUUCAAAAGAUUUACAUAGUUUAAGAAAUAUUGGGACUUUGACUGAUAUAGUGUAAAUGUAAAUGAAACAUAAGAGUAAAAGACAUAAGACCAAUCAUAGCAUUAUUAAACAGAUUAGCGGUAAUGGAUGA